GCCUGCAAUUGUGCUCUGUCUUCUCUUGAGCUGACCGAAUGGGGAAUAGUUUUCAUCCCAACAAUAAUAUGACUGAAAGGAACUAUUGUUUCAUCAGGAGAAUUUGUGAAGAUUGAUAUUGGUUUCUUCAUUUGACUCAAUAUGUAAUGCUUCAAUGCUGAUGCUCUGCUAUGAAAUGUCGUUUGGCAAUAAGUUAACCGCUGAACUUUCUUAUUUAUUCUUGCUUCACAUUGGAUUCAAACUGGGUCUGAACACUUUACUUGUAAUGAGACACUUUAGGUGAGGGGUAGACGAUCUGACGGUUUUAGAUCGUGAUCGAUCUUGAAAGCGUUCGCACUAGUUUUCAAGCGAAUUGCAGAUUGUUGUCUUUAUUGUCUUGUUUUCUUCACACAACCUCAUUGUCCGGUUGAACAACGCUAUGUGAGCAAACUAAUAGAGUGAUGAAGCUCAAUAGAUCACGAUGCUGAUUGGAUGUGGCUGGUCCUUUACGUAUUAUAAACUAUGCAACAUGAGUUAUAGCUAGGGAUGGGUAUCGUUUGGGUUUUUUCCGAUACCGGUGCUAAAUCGGUACUUUUAAAACGAUACCGGUGCCUAAACGGUGCCUGAACCGAUAUUUUUUUUUUUAAACGCACAAUGAGGACAUUAAAAACCUCUUCGGCAAUAUUCCCUGUAGAAGCCGUUAUCGUGGAGCACUGACACACAACGGAUAUCAGACUGUUAACAUACACAAUAUAUGUUCUCCAUUAUAUGAUGUGAUAUGUAUUGUCAUGUGCAGACUUUAUAGGGUUAAUCCUGUCACUGUUUUGAUGGGCAAAGAGUAGAGAUGCACCGAUCAGGUUUUUUGUGCCGAUCACCGAUCACUGAAAUCAGUAUCUGCCGAUCCGAUAAUACCGAUCACCGAUCACGGUGUCGAUUGAAGCAUUCUAUUUAUUGUGUAGCAUUAUUGCUAUGAGGACUAUGAGGAAAUACAUAUAUAAAGCAACUCAAACAUUAAAGAAAUUACAGAUUUCUUUAAACAUUUAGGACUUUUACUUUGAAAAAUGUCCUAAUUGAUACAUUAAAAUUGUUUGAUUGCUAUUGUAGGGGAUUUCAGAUAUGUAUGGAACACAUCUGCAUUAUUCAUUUCCUGGAACUCUUGGGGAAAUCUAUAUACAGGACUUUUCUUAACAUACAAAAGUCUGACAUUUUUAUAAACUCUUCCUUGGUACAGUAAAACUGUUUUAAUUUUAGCAUAAUUUAAGCUAAAUCUCAGAAACGAUCUAUAAAGAUACAAAAUCAGUUCAUUGUUUACUUUUAUAUGCUGGUGUAUGAUUUGUCGACAUCUUAUUUUGAAAAACGGAUGUUGUUUCACGUGGUUCUUUCCGCUAACUUUGCAAAACCGGAUGUUGUCACAUAAAUCCUUCCGCUAACUAUCAAAACCCUCGCGCGCUCCUGAUCGAAUGUGUUUACCGUGAGCAUCAGUCUCUAGGGGCAGACAUGUGAGAGUCGGCUGAGUCGACCCAGAGAUUCAACUCGGGGGACGGGGACGCCGCUCGGUGGUGAGGAUCCCCUCUGACCUCUCACUCUGCGGCCCUCGCCGGGCGCUUCGUCUCGGUUGCUGUGCGCGGCGAUUGAAACUUCUGAUAGUUCUCGCAGAUGUUACGUCAUCUGAUCGAUCGGCCGUUUUGAGAACGCCGAUCAAAACCGAUAAUGGCAAUAUCGGCCGAUAUGGAUCGGCGCCGAUCAGAUCGGUGCAUCCCUAGCAAAGAGAACAACCAAUCAGAGGUACUGAAGAUGACACGUGACAAAUAAAGUUUUGCUUCUGACAGCGAGAGUUACACUGAAACAAAGUGACUCCCCACGGUCUUUAUUCCUCCGUCAUUAUAUUCCCGGUAACACCGGGUAUACAGCCGGGAUCGCUGUACAUCAACACAUCUGCUAGCAGACUGUCACGCUCGCAGCUCGUAGCUAGCUUAAACAUGGUUAUAAUGGCUAAUUUAUUAUUUAUUGGGCUACUUUUAUGAAUGCAAGACUUGCAAUCAACGUUACGGUACUAAUCUGAGUUAAGGCUGCUCGUCAUAAUCGGUCUCCACGUGUUCAGGGGGACCGGUGACGGCCUCCCCGUCGCGUCCAGCCUGACGCUGGUGUGCUCCACACGGGCUCACGUAGUCACACACGGCGCAGCCUCCGCUGUCAAAGUGAAAUGAGAGGCUCGUAACCUGCUGACAGGGCGGAGUCACCAGAGAAGUUCACAACAAUAGUUUUUUUCAAUUUCAAUCGGCUCAGGCACCGGAAAGAAGCACCGGAAUGUGCGUUGCGUUUCGGUCCGGGUAAUACCGGUUGUAUUGGAACCGGUACAACAUUGGCACCGGUUUCCGGUACCCAACCCUAGUUAUAGCUAGCGGCAUGUUGGAUAUAGGCAGCUGGUUUAUCGCAAUGUCGCGAGAUCACAAGAUCACAUAUCGCAAGACAAUUCAAGACAUACGUUUACUCCAGAGUGAUCAGUGUCCUGUGACGAGCUCGGGCAGAUAUGGGUGUGACAACACUGAGAGGUGACUGUUGCUUCAAAACAACAAUGAAGAAGUUUGUGUAGAAAGGCUGCAAUAGUAUCAGGAAUAUCUGAACUGGAGAGUAUUUAUUUAUUGAAAGAAGAGGAAGAAAUGGUACUGAAAGCUUUUCUCAAUGGAAAAGAUGUUCGUGCUCUUCUCUUGACACGAUUCGUUUAACAGAGAUGGUCCCAACAUAUUUCGUGAUGGAUAUACUUCCAUUCAAAGCUAUUCAGUGUUGGAUUUAAAUCGCAGGUGGAUACUUUAGAUCAGCGGUAUGAACAGCCAAGCGUGAGAUGUUUGUUCUGGUACUGACAUCCAAUAUUGUUAUUUACCAGUGUGAUAUUCACACAAUUUUUAAAAUACAAUUUUGUGUUUAUAUUUGUACUCAUUAUUGUUUUGUGAUAAUUUUCUUUUUCCCCCUAUCUGGAUUUUGGGGUCUUGCAAAGUGUUAUUUAAUGAUGUUUCAUUUUGGCGUCUGUUUAUAACUUCAAAUCAAACUGGUUUUAAUCAUCAUUUUGAAACCUGUGUAGGAGUGCAGUAAUCCGAUGGAGUGAAUGGAGAUUGGGAUGUUUUUUUUUUUGCCGGAUGGCACCAUCCCUACCUUUUUGGUUUUUUUGAAGUGUUGUUCCCUCUUGCUACACACAAUACAUGCCAGUGUCUGUGUAGGUUUUCAGUGACCCAGAUUAUGUGAUGUGAUACUUAUCUGUGAGGCUCUGUUCGCUCUACAUGAACGGUGGGUUUGAUGUGUUCGAACACGGACGGAGGCCUCCCAGUGAGUAACGUGCCUGUCUCCUCAACCUCAGGCCUACCUGCAACAAGCCCAAGACCUGGUCAUUCUUGAGAGCAUAAUACUACAGACCUUGGGUAAGUUGGGAAGGAAAAACUGGGUCCCUUGAUUUCUCUCCAGAAACAUGUAAUUAUAAAAAUAGUGCUAACCUGUGUAACUUUUUUCCACAGAAAGUCCAUGUUAGCAGCACAGGAAAAAGACAUUUAUGCCUAAUGUUAGCAUGCACUGUUGCAUUACAGUGUUUCUGCUUUUGUUUCUUUUAUGUCCAUAACUUUUUACACCCCCCCCCCCCCUUAUUUUUCUUGUCUACAUAUUUUUAUGCCAUUUGUUUGAGGAUUCUGUGACGAAUCUCUGCAUCCUGAACAAUGGCUUUUAGUAUGUUCUCUUACUGGAUUAAUCUUUUCCCAUGUUUUCAAGAUUGUAGGCAGUUGAAGAAGAACUUGUUUUGAUUGACAACCCCAAAUUGUGUGUGUGUGUUUUUUUAAAUUAUAAAACGAGUCAGUGCCAUGCAACAAAGCAAGAGUUGGGGAAACCUCAAUUGUGUCGGCAUGCUUUUAAUAAUUUUUCACAUUCAUCUGUUUUCACGUCGUCCAGGAUAUUAUUGGAAGAGCUCAUGCAAAGUUUUAUUCCAAGUUAAUCCCUGCAACGCUUAGAUUGGUAUAACAGUAUUUUUCUGUUUUUCAGGGACUUGAAUGAAACCUGUUGCAUAUGUUAGUUUGACUUCUGCAUUUCAUUUAUCGAGGCGUGUCUCUUUUUGUCCCUUUUAUUUUUACAUUUUUUUUAUUACAGCUUUUGAAAUCACCAUUGACCAUCCUCAUACUCAUGUUGUCAAGUGCACUCAGCUUGUCAGAGCGAGUAAGGAUCUGGCUCAAACAUCAUACUUUAUGGCAACUAACAGUCUGCACCUGACCACGUUCUGCCUGCAGUACAGUCCGCCGGUUGUGGCCUGUGUGUGCAUCCACCUUGCCUGCAAAUGGUCCAACUGGGAGAUCCCCGUGUCUACGGAUGGCAAACACUGGUGGGAGUACGUUGAUCCCACAGUUACCCUCGAGCUGCUGGAUGAGCUCACACAUGAGUUCCUGCAGAUUCUGGAGAAAACACCCAGUCGGUUGAAACGGAUUCGCAACUGGAAGGCUGGAGGUCAGACACCAAAAGCCAAGCCAAAAGUUCAGGAGGACGGUGACCAGAGGGACACCAUGAUGAGCAUGAUCUCUAUGGCCUCAUCAGAGAGCACCGUGGCAGGCUUGAUGAGCCUCUCGGCUCCACCUUCCGCCUCCUCAUCCAUCGGUGACAAGGACGGGGGUGAACCUGGCAGUGCUGCGACUUGGAGUGGAAAAGGUCAGGCUGGAUGUGAGCUGCAGCCCAACAACGAAGUGCACGCUCCAGCUAAGGUGUCGCUGAGUGAGUACCGGGCCAAGAAUGCAGACGUCCUGGCUGCCCAGAAAAGGAAGCUGGAGAACAUGGAUGCCACCGUGAAGAGGGACUAUGCCAAUGCUGCCCAGGCUCUCAUUGGUCAGCAGCAGAGGAAGGAGAAGCCGCAGCAUCACCAGCAGUCCAGCUCAUCCUCGUCUGACAUGUCCAACCCGUCGCCGAUUAUUCUGAAAAUCCCCCUGGAGAAGGAGAGGCAUGAGAGGACCUCUCUCAAAAUGCGAUUGCCUCUUGCUGGGGGAGGAGGCAGCGGGCACAGUGGCGGUGCCCGGGGUCAGGAGCAGGACAUCAAAGUUCGAAUACGAGUGCCUGAGAAGCAAAGAGGAAGCUCAGGAGAGGAGGGAAAGAGCAGGGACAAGCACAGAGAACGGUCUAACCACCACCAUCACCACUACAAUCACCACCAUUCCUCUUCUACCGGUGCUUCACUCUCCUCUAAACACAAACAUUCAUCUGGUUCUAGUGGGACUGUUGGAGGCAGCAAGAAAGUCCCCAGCGACUCAUCUAGAACGAGCUCUUCAUCCUCUACUGCGUCACGUAAGAGGACGCACUCGCAAGAUCCCACAGCAGGCACUCACCCUGUCACUAAAGUCAGCAAGUCCUCUAGGAAUCCCUACCAGCUACCCUCCCUGUCUUCCUCCUCUGGGCAAACUCUCGGGCACGGCUCCGACAUUCUCCCUGUCCUGGGUCUUCCCCACCACCAAGGGAGCUAUCUCCACUCCAAAGGUGACAAGACGGACACUAAUGGGCACGGUGCAGCAGGGGGAGCCCAGUCGAACGAAUACCAGGACACGUUUGAAAUGCUGAACUCCCUUCUGAGCGCACAGGGGGUCCAACCAUCCCAGCCGUCCAUGUUUAACUACAGAUCCCAAUAUGGGGAAUACCGGUACAGUGGUGGCUCCAGAGGGAACAGGCCCCCACCCCUCCCUUCAGAACCGCCUCCCCCACUGCCGCCGUUACCCAAAUAAGUUCCCCAUCAGGAGAUGUAUCAUGUACAUUUUCCUUGACUUCCCCAACAUUCAUCUUUUUACAUAAAGUAUUGUGCUUUUUUUUUUUAUUUUUACUCACCCAACAUUUUAAAGGUUUUAGUGUGACAGCAGUGAAAUGUACCAGUAAUUUUAUUGAAUAUUCAACUUUAUUAUUUUUACACUUUUUGGGCAAUAAUGAGUGGCUUUAAAAGCUUUCAAAAUGUGAGGAAGAAAAAAACAGGAAAGUGUAGGUUUUUUUUUCAGCUCUUCUGUUAAACUCAAAUAAUAUGUAAUAUUAGGACCUGGUCAUUGUCUUGAAAUCAUGAGGAAAGUAAAAGAUUUUCAUCACACACUUGUUAGGUCUUCUUUCAAAUUGUUUUUUCUAAUGUUUUUAUAGGAUGUUAUUUAUUGAAUGCUUUUUUUCUUUUUUCUUGCCCUCUUUUAUACUUUUUUUUGUUUUCCCUUUGGUCUUUUUGGGCAGAGGGUUAUUACUUCAUCAAGACUAUCGGCUAGUUUGAGAGUGCAUGUCUCCAAAGCCAUCUUUUCAAUAUUUUUGUCUUUUUUUCAAACCGCCAUAAUCUAACAGAAAUGUGAGAGCCCAUCCCUGGUGUUUUUUCAUUUGGUAAUAAGCUUGUACAAAGACUGUAAAAUGUUUAAAACAAACAUGAAAUAUUUUUUACAUUUUGUUAUGAAAAAAAUGCAAAAAAAUAUGUAAAUUAAGAAAUCUUGUACUUUUUGUUUUUAGAUAUUUUUUUUUCAGUCAUUGUUUUAAAUGGUUGUAAAAUAUUCAUAUUCAGUUCUCUAAUUAUUACACUAAUGGACAAAGUUCAUACCGAGGAUAUAUAGCUGUGAUUUUAUCAAAGGGUUCAAACAUAUCUACACAGUAUGGUCACAAUGAAGGAAUUGCCAACAAAAAAAAAAUCCCUCAAGAAAUGUGAGUUCUUAAUUGUCAUGUAAUUUAGCACAUGUUAAUCCGUUUCCUCUGGAGGAUCAGCCUUUUUGGAAAUAGGCCCAAUGUAUCGACAUACAACCUUCUAAAUGGAGUUGACAGCAGUGUCCUGAAACUGCCAGAAAGUAAACAUUUUACCUGCUGGUGCUCACCUACUUUAUUUAAUUGAAUUUAUGUUAAAAAAAUAGUGGCAGAGGUGCUACUUGUGGUCAAGGGAAUCGGGUAUCAUCUGUACAUUUAAUUCAUACUAAGCUUUAUGUGGUUUUAAUUGUAUAGUAUUACUGCUCUUAACCUGCUUUCGUUUGUCAUUUCAUAAUCGCCUUUAAAAAAAGUAAACUUCAUUACAUUUGGUCUAGACAUACAGGUACAUGCAUUUAAAAAAAUUACCUCUAUAUUGACCCCAUCCUAAGAAUUUCAGAAGCGCUGGGCUGCUGCAAAGCGUCUGGGGAGCAACUUGGGUUUCAGUGUCUCACUCAGUAGCAGCCGUGGUUCGAACCCCCCUACUUUCUGGUUCAAGCAUCACCUGCCCAACCAUAGCUGCCCUCAAAAACAUAUUUAUUUUAGACAGUUCAAAGUAAUGCAGUACAAUAAAUCAUUAGCCAUACCAUUGUAAUAUAUUUUUGUUCCCAUGAUUAUAUGGAAGAUAAGCUGAAAAGAUUGCAGCUCGUUGCUCAGACAGCAGAGGUUUAUUGGUUAUUCAACUCUUGGUUGUAACAGGGAAACAGUAAAUGCACUGAAUAUGUAUCUCACUAGGUUUGCCUACAAUGCAUAUGACAAAGUGUUACAUGUAUAAUGGUUAGGCUACUAAAAUAGAUGUCCAAUAUAUUGCCAUUUAAAAGAAUUGUUUUAAUUGAUCUUGAAUUUUCUUUUAUUCAAGUAUUGACUUUGUUAUGAGUCAGAAAAAAGGACACUCAUUAAAAAAAUAAUACCCAUAUUUGAGAAAACAAUGAAAGACACUCAUGCAACCUAACAAUGCAAAAUCCAAUAGCUACAGUAAGUUUCAUGUUUUUUCACGUCUUGGUGUUAUUAGCGACACUCAGGUCUGGAAAUGAAACGUUUUGGGAUUAUAUUUUAUUUUUGUUUUCGGUUAAAAUGUUACAUGUGAACACUGUUCUUUUUGAUAUGUGGUUGCUUUAUUCUCAAUUAAAGUCAAUAAAUAUUUUAAGAAAACUUGCUGCAUUA